GCGCCGUCCAGCAGCAGCUCCGCGCCGUCCUCGUCGUCUGCACCGUCCAGCAGCAGCUCUGCGCCGUCUUCGUCGUCUGCGCCGUCCAGCAGCAGCUCCGCGCCGUCCUCGUCGUCUGCACCGUCCAGCAGCAGCUCCGCGCCGUCUUCGUCGUCCGCGCCGUCCAGCAGCAGCUCUGCGCCGUCUUCUUCGUUCGCGCCGUCCAGCAGCAGCUCCGCGCCGUCCUCGUCGUCUGCGCCGUCCAGCAGCAGCUCCGCGCCGUCCUCGUCGUCUGCACCGUCCAGCAGCAGCUCUGCGCCGUCCUCGUCGUCUGCGCCGUCCAGCAGCAGCUCCGCGCCGUCUUCGUCGUCUGCGCCGUCCAGCAGCAGCUCUGCGCCGUCUUCGUCGUCUGCGCCGUCCAGCAGCAGCUCCGCGCCGUCCUCGUCGUCUGCACCGUCCAGCAGCAGCUCUGCGCCGUCUUCGUCGUCUGCGCCGUCCAGCAGCAGCUCUGCGCCGUCCUCGUCGUCUGCACCGUCCAGCAGCAGCUCUGCGCCGUCUUCGUCGUCUGCGCCGUCUUCGUCGUCUGCGCCGUCCAGCAGCAGCUCUGCGCCGUCCUCGUCGUCUGCACCGUCCAGCAGCAGCUCUGCGCCGUCCUCGUCGUCUGCACCGUCCAGCAGCAGCUCCGCGCCGUCCUCGUCGUCCGCGCCGUCCAGCAGCAGCUCCGCGCCGUCCUCGUCGUCUGCGCCGUCCAGCAGCAGCUCUGCGCCGUCCUCGUCGUCUGCACCGUCCAGCAGCAGCUCCGCGCCGUCCUCGUCGUCUGCACCGUCCAGCAGCAGCUCCGCGCCGUCCUCGUCGUCUGCACCGUCCAGCAGCAGCUCUGCGCCGUCCUCGUCGUCCGCGCCGUCCAGCAGCAGCUCCGCGCCGUCCUCGUCGUCCGCACCGUCCAGCAGCAGCUCUGCGCCGUCCUCGUCGUCUGCGCCGUCCAGCAGCAGCUCUGCGCCGUCCUCGUCGUCUGCGCCGUCCAGCAGCAGCUCCGCGCCGUCCUCGUCGUCUGCGCCGUCCAGCAGCAGCUCUGCGCCGUCCUCGUCGUCUGCACCGUCCAGCAGCAGCUCCGCGCCGUCCUCGUCGUCUGCACCGUCCAGCAGCAGCUCUGCGCCGUCCUCGUCGUCCGCGCCGUCCAGCAGCAGCUCCGCGCCGUCCUCGUCGUCCGCACCGUCCAGCAGCAGCUCUGCGCCGUCCUCGUCGUCCGCGCCGUCCAGCAGCAGCUCUGCGCCGUCCUCGUCGUCUGCGCCGUCCAGCAGCAGCUCUGCGCCGUCCUCGUCGUCCGCGCCGUCCAGCAGCAGCUCUGCGCCGUCCUCGUCGUCUGUGCCGUCCAGCAGCAGCUCUGCGCCGUCUUCGUCGUCUGCGCCGUCCAGCAGCAGCUCCGCGCCGUCCUCGUCGUCCGCGCCGUCCAGCAGCAGCUCUGCGCCGUCUUCGUCGUCUGCGCCGUCCAGCAGCAGCUCCGCGCCGUCCUCGUCGUCCGCGCCGUCCAGCAGCAGCUCUGCGCCGUCUUCGUCGUCUGCGCCGUCCAGCAGCAGCUCCGCGCCGUCCUCGUCGUCCGCGCCGUCCAGCAGCAGCUCUGCGCCGUCUUCGUCGUCUGCGCCGUCCAGCAGCAGCUCCGCGCCGUCCUCGUCGUCCGCGCCGUCCAGCAGCAGCUCUGCGCCGUCUUCGUCGUCUGCGCCGUCCAGCAGCAGCUCUGCGCCGUCCUCGUCGUCUGCGCCGUCCAGCAGCAGCUCUGCGCCGUCCUCGUCGUCCGCGCCGUCCAGCAGCAGCUCCGCGCCGUCCUCGUCGUCCGCGCCGUCCAGCAGCAGCUCUGCGCCGUCCUCGUCGUCCGCGCCGUCCAGCAGCAGCUCUGCGCCGUCCUCGUCGUCUGCGCCGUCCAGCAGCAGCUCUGCGCCGUCCUCGUCGUCUGCGCCGUCCAGCAGCAGCUCUGCGCCGUCCUCGUCGUCCGCGCCGUCCAGCAGCAGCUCUGCGCCGUCCUCGUCGUCCGCGCCGUCCAGCAGCAGCUCUGCGCCGUCCUCGUCGUCCGCGCCGUCCAGCAGCAGCUCUGCGCCGUCCUCGUCGUCCGCGCCGUCCAGCAGCAGCUCUGCGUCGUCUUCGUCGUCUGCGCCGUCCAGCAGCAGCUCCGCGCCAUCCUCGUCGUCCGCGCCGUCCAGCAGCAGCUCCGCGCCGUCCUCGUCGUCUGCGCCGUCCAGCAGCAGCUCUGCGCCGUCCUCGUCGUCUGCGCCGUCCAGCAGCAGCUCUGCGCCGUCCUCGUCGUCCGCGCCGUCCAGCAGCAGCUCUGCGCCGUCCUCGUCGUCUGCGCCGUCCAGCAGCAGCUCUGCGCCGUCCUCGUCGUCCGCGCCGUCCAGCAGCAGCUCUGCGCCGUCCUCGUCGUCCGCGCCGUCCAGCAGCAGCUCUGCGUCGUCUUCGUCGUCUGCGCCGUCCAGCAGCAGCUCUGCGUCGUCUUCGUCGUCUGCGCCGUCCAGCAGCAGCUCUGCGCCGUCCUCGUCGUCCGCGCCGUCCAGCAGCAGCUCUGCGCCGUCCUCGUCGUCUGCGCCGUCCAGCAGCAGCUCUGCGUCGUCCUCGUCGUCUGCGCCGUCCAGCAGCAGCUCUGCGCCGUCCUCGUCG